AUGAGUCGGUCGGUGCGGCGUCUGCCCCCAGCGGUAGGCGCCGCUCUAGCAGGGGCAAGGGGAACAAGGGAGCGGGUGGAGCUAGCGGGGGCGGUGGCGGAGGCGGUGGGGGCGGCGGAGGGAGUGGGGGUGGCGGUGGAGGUGGUGGCGGGAGUGGAGGUACUGGUGGCGGCAGUGGAGGCGGAGGCGGCGGCGGAGGUGGUGGCGGAGGUGGCGGUGGGAGCGGCGGGGGCGAGGGUGGCGGUGGCGGCGGUGGCGGCGGUGGCGGUGGUGGCGGUGGUGGAGGUGGUCGGAGUGUGUCCCAGGUAG